AUGCCUCCAAUAGAACUUCCAAGAUUAACAGGGUCACUAAGGGCAUUCUCAGGGCUUUCCUCGCCGUUUUCACGGCUUCCAGAGAGUGAUGAUAUCUUGAAAAGAAAGAGGCAAUCGAGAUCGAGGAAGCAACUUGAAAAAGCUUUGUCUUGGUCUGAAUUAAAAGGUUUGAUUUUAGAUGCAAUGAGCCUCGAUAGGAAUGCUUCACAAGAGGUAGGAAGAGAUAAGUUGUGGAAACUUUUUCCAUCGAUUAUAUUCGUGCGACAUAGAUUAGGUCGCAUGAAUUAAUUUAAUUUUUUAUAUAAAUAUAUAUAUUUUUGUAAAUAACAAUAUUUUUAUAUUUAAGGCGAAGACUCUCGUUAAGGAACUUGUGCUUACAUCUGCAGAAAUUGGUAGGAAACUUCACAUUUGAAUAAACUAAAUCAAACAAAAUAGUUAUGCUUAAAUGUAUUGUACGGAAAUGGUAAUAUGUCCUUGAUAUAUGAUGGUGCAAUAACGGAACUGCAUGAACAUGUGUCAGGAACACAUAUCACUGGCGCCUCAAGCUCUCUCAGAGAUUAGGCUACAUAAAAACUGUAAUCUGUUUUGUUUGUUCGUUUUUUUUAUUUUUUUAAGCCUCUUGUGCUUCCAUGAUAUUUUGAGAAGGUGUGCUGAUAAAUGAUAAACAUAUAUUAAGAAUCAGUAAAAUGUUUAACACAGCCUUAUACACACUUAUUUCGGUAAUUGUGAAGAAGAGCUUCCCAAAAGACCUGUUGGCUGACUGUCGGUCAACUGUCGGUCGAGAAACCGGGAGAAAACAUUAAGGUUUGUGUUAACGUUUUACUGACAAGCUACCGACAGGUUACCGACACAUUACCAACAGUCGGCCGACAGGUAACCUAUAUUUUCAUGUAGUACCUGGAUAAAGAAAACAGUGAUGACAAUGAGAAAAUGUCUUUGAGACUAUGGCUUUAGUUUGACUGUAGUAUGUGGCUGUGUAGAAAUGUUAACUAAGAAUCCUGUUUAACCUGUGGCAAUUGUGGUUACUUAUUUGAAGGGCUGAACAUUUGUUUUUUGGAUGUGUUCUAGCUGGCAAAGAUUCAUCUGUAGAGGUUGUGGAAAGUGCAUCAGUAUUGAUUUUUACAAUAUUUAAAGAUGUGAAUCACAUUGGAAAGGAUGAAAGUGCAAAACUGAAGAGUCUCUUUGGAGCAUUUCCAGCCUCAGCAGCAACUAAAGCUUGUCACAUUGUGCAGAACAUCAUUUUACUUCUUCCUGAAGAUUGUCUAGCAGUAAUUAACAAGAGAUGUGAGGAAAAACAUGAGGAACCUUUAAAAGAGUUUGGAAGUGAUAUUGAGUUUGCACCUUUUAUGAGCAAGGUUGUUUCACCAGAUGAUGAGCUGUUUUCGGAAUCUGAGGAUGAAACUGUUCAAAAUCAGACAGAUUUUUUGAAUUCAAAAGAAGGAGAAAAUCCUUCAAAUAUGGCACUAAGUGAAGAAGUGAAUGGCAACAGUGACAUUAAUGGUUCAUGGCUACGCAAUCAGUGUGAACUUUAUUUUGGAAAUAAUAGCACUGGACUGUCAGUUUUGGAUCUUUGUUCAGCACUUUUUGAUAUUCUCAGUUCUGAUAGAGAUAAUGCAGCUAUUCAAAAUGACUUGUUUGAGCUUCUUGGGUUUGACCGCUUUGAAUUCAUUCAAACACUCUUAGCUGACAGAUACAAGAUAGUUGUAGCCACUUCUGAAAGUACCUCUGACUUGAGUGCAGCAAAUGGUAAGCUGUAAAUUAUAGAUCAAUGUCAGUAUCUGAGCAACUGCACAUCUAUAUAUACAUGUACCCCUCUCUUACCCAAUAUUAAACCUGACUUCAUAUUAGUUGACUGUUAUUGGGCUAGAGAAGGGUCAGGUAUGUAGUUGCUUGAAUACUGACAUAGAUUCAAAUUACAUGCCACAUGCCAUUCAACUUAAAAGGCUUAAUUUAUUUGUAUAAGCCAAAAUGUUGACUUCUGUUGAAUCAAAAAAUGGUGGUAGUUGUACAAUUUGAGCUCCAGACUUUUCCCUAUGGCAAAUGUAGCUAAUGUUUGCUUGCUGUUUCUGUUUAUGGCAUGUAAUUUCAGAGACUACUAGAGUGAAAACCUCAGCUGGUCGAAGUAAGCCAACUUAUGGAUGUCAAGUUACUGUACAGGUGGGUUCAAUUACAAUUAGUUAAAAGAACAUUUUAACUGAGUUUUUAGUCAGCAGCCAAUUUCACAAGUGCUGGUGCAAGUGGAAAGUUCAGUACAGCUGGGGCUUUAAAUUCAUGAGCAUUUUUGUUAGCAGCUGUUUUUCAGAAGUUUAGGGCAAUUUAGUAGCAGUUGUUUUCAAGUGAUGCCCAACUGCACCACUCUCUUCUUAAAGAGACCAGCUUCCAGCCCGUUGAGUCAAUAAAAAUCAUUCUGCUUCAGUGUUUUUCUCUGAUUUUUUAAAAUCUUAUUGAAUUACUUUAUAUAAAUUUUUGUUCAUAGUCACAACAGGAGAAACAAUUGAUGCGGCAGGUGAGAAAGGAAGAAAGAAAGGAAGAGCGUCGCCAGGCUCGCAAAGACAAACACACAGCAGAUGAGCAGGAUAUUGAUCAUGAGACAUAUCUUAGGGAAGUUGGCUUUGAUCCAGAGUUGAUGAGAGCUCAGAGGUGCAUAUACCUAAAUAUUGUAGCUUUAUCCCUGUCACCCUUAGGAAAGGGACUAAGUAGGAAUUUCUUAUCACCGUAUCAAUACAAUUUCAAUCAGAAAGAUGAUAAGAAGAUAGAGAAAUGAAAAUAAAGUGGGAGUUGCUGCUUAAAACCAUAAAAAAACAUGUGGCAUAUAGUGUAGAAAAUUGAUAUAUCAACCUUUGGUUGUACAUGCAGUGUUCUCCUUUUCAGGCAGUAACCGGUAACAUUUACUGCCUUGAAGUACCGCUUAAUACCAUUUACAAUUGCUUGGAAUUCUUGAAAAUUCAACAAGUAAAAGGAUUGCUUUACCGGUUUGAAAAUUUAUUUUACCUAUCAUGCUUAAAAUAAGGGAGAACACUUACCUAUCAUGCUUAAAAUAAGGGAGAACACUGACAUGAAUGUGUAUAUUAUUAUGCAAAUGCUAAUUCAGAGGCCUAGCUUAUCUAGACAAGUAUGACAUUUUCUCAUAGAGAAAUAACCAAUUAUUGUCAUAAUAGUACAUGUAAUUUGAAGUAAUUAAAAGCCUCUCAAUACAACUAUCAGCUCUCUCCUUAGUAGUAUAGCUGGUUCUGCAAGGUUAAGGAGGCAAGCAAUUUUCUUUGACCAAGGUUACAUCUAUUAUUGUUGUUGUCAGGGAAAUUGCUCUUCAGGAAGCCUCCAAUGCACCAUUGUUGUCAAAACCAAAGAGGAAUGUGCAGCCCAGCCAAGUGUAUCCAUAUGUGUUUGAUGCUUUGGCUGAAAGGCAGCGAUCUACAGCUUUUAUUUCAGACACCAAGGUACCACUUUCUUUCCUUGCAUUGGUACAUGGUUAGUUGAGUAAUCCCUGCAGAUGAAACCUGAACCUGUAGCUCCUAACAUGUGGACAGUAUUUCUCCUUCUUGUUCUUCUUAAAUUCCUUGUAAAUUGAUUGAGAGAGUUUGGGUUGGAUGAUGAUGCCUUCUGACUGAUAGGUAUGGGUUUUCUUAUAACCUGCUUGCUCGAUUAUGUAUUGAUAUUGUAAGGAGAAGUUUCAUGGUGAUCAUCCAUGAGGUUAAAUGAUGAAUGUGUGAUUAAAUCACUUCGUGCAAAGAACUCUAUUAGUGACAUGCCUCGGACUUGGAAUCUGCAUAAUUUUUGUUUUAUUAGUUUCGAGUAUGUCUUUUGAGUUUAUUUGUUUAUAUAGGUUAUUUAUUAAUUUUUGUAUAUCACUGUUGUACUUGUGUAUUUAGAAUUCAGGUUAUUAAAACCCAAAGUCUUCAAUGGUAAAACGUUGUCUUCACUUUACAACACACCGUCUCCCAUCAGAGAUCUUACAGUCGUAUCCACCAUAUGAAGUGCAAAUCAGUGCCCAAAAAAAAUAUUCUGCUUUACAAUAUUUGUUAAAUGUAUGCUUAUGUUUCUUGAUUCAUUUUAGAUUGCCCUGCCUGCUGAUGCAGAACGGAAAAACACUAAAGUUUAUGAAGAAGUUGUGAUACCUCCAAACACUCCUUUACCACCUAAAGAGGAAACUCCUAUUUUAAUUUCAUCUUUAGAUGAGGUGAGUGUUAGAUAUUAUGAAAUGUUUAAAUGUUUGAAUGAGCAUAUCACAAAUACUUCACCUUAGUCAACAGCUAUUGGAAAUAGGUUUUGAUAAAGCUAAUGUAAGUUGCAUUUCGUCUGAGUUUCGUGAAACCAAAACGAAAACAAUCUCAACAGCCAGUUAGACCAAAGGAAAAUAAAACAGUUUUCAACUGAUUGUCGAAAACAAAUGCUAACAUCAUCACUAGACGAUGAGAACUCAAGAAAAAACAAGCGAACUGUCAAAAGCGCGGGAAGAGCGGAUGACCAAGUCACGUGAUGGCAUGUGAUGGUUUAAGAAAUAGGUGUAAGUUUUCUGGACCACUCACAGAGCGAAGUAAAGGAAAACCAAAGCAAAUGCAGAUUACUUGCGGCACUCAGUCGAAAAUUGUUCUGUCACAAGGAGCCAACCAGAACUAAAAGUUUCACAUGGAAAGAGUGAAAAGCCCGCGAAAACGUGUGACUUGGUUGCGAUUGGUUUUUAGUCUUGAAUCUGAUUGGUUGAGAAACUCGCGCGAGUUUUCUGGAACAACCAUUGAGCGAAGUCAAGCAUACCAGAGCAAGCUCGGAUAGGCAUUUGAAAAUUGCUCAUAUUAGGGUUCGAAACUGGAACUGGCGAUCCGUAGUCUAGCGUGCUAACCUUAAGGCUCCUACGCCUCCUCUACCAUGUCAUACGUUAGGGACAGUCACAAUCAGUUGAAAAACCUCAUUGUUUUGCUUUUUCAUCCUUUGCAGAUUGGCCAAAUGGGAUUCCAAGGAGUGAAGCGCCUUAACAGGAUCCAGUCGAUUGUAUUUGAUGCAGCAUACAACACGAAUGAGAACCUGUUGAUAAGUGCUCCAACAGGUGCAGGAAAAACAAACAUAGCUAUGCUAACAAUUUUGAGGGAAAUUAAACAGAACAUUGAGGCAGGAGUCAUCAAAAAAGACAAGUUCAAGGUUGGGUUGCAUUUAUUUGAAUUAAAAUGAUAACAUUAACAAUAAGAAUGAUAAGGUUCUGGUAAUUCUGUAUUCAAGGUUACAAAGCAGUAGAAGGUGAGAGUCAGUCCUAUGUCAGUCGUAAGUAAAGAAAUAAUCGUUUGCCAACCAAUGCAAACAGGUGGUUAAAAAAAUAUCAGUGAAAAAGAACUAGGGCGGUUAUGAAUGGCGAUUGUUGUCGCGGAUUGCAAAGAUGGUGAAUAAACUUGAAAAUUUUUGGUAUAUUUGAAAAUGAAGAGGUGUAAGGAAUUUUGAAAAGUCGUCUUUUGAGUUCUGUGGAGGAAUGGUUGAAUGCGUUUCCAAACUCGUUAAGGAAGUUGAGUUAUCCUAUCCGGGUUUCGUUAAUCAACGGAUAUCUCACUUGCCUGCCUUAGAUGUGUGAUUCACUGUUUGCAUGUCUUUUCCUCUAGAUCAUUUACGUGGCUCCAAUGAAGGCUCUCGCGGCUGAAAUGGUUCAAAACUUUGGAAAGCGGUUGGCCUGCUUAGGAAUCACAGUCCGUGAACUUACAGGGGAUAUGCAACUUACAAAAUCUGAAAUCCUCAAGACGCAAGUAUGAUCAGCCACUACAUUCAUUUCUAACCAAAGAAAUUGACUUCUAAAGAUAUCUGAAAUUCUUGAGCUCCUCCUACAUUUUUAAUGUGCGUGUUACCCACCCGUGUCACAUAACUUUUACCCUUUGUACAGAUGCUGAUCACAACGCCAGAAAAGUGGGACGUGGUGACUCGUAAGAGCACUGGGGACGUGGCUCUUUCUCAGCAAGUAAAGCUGCUGAUCAUUGAUGAAGUCCAUCUUCUGCACGAUGACAGAGGCUCAGUUAUUGAAUGCUUAGUAGCCAGAACUCUUCGUCAAGUGAGUUAAAUGCUUACACAUUAACGGGUUUUCUAUUUUUACCUAAUUGAGUAGUUUUAGAAACCAUGGAACCAACCUAGCAAUUGAUCUGAGAUAUUCACGUUUUGGCAGUUCAUCAACUAAUAGAGUUAGUUGACAGAAAUAUCAAAAUAUGACAGAAUGUUAUAUAGAGAGUGCAGAGUGCAAUUGUGGUGUUUAAUCCUAAUUAUAUGUUACUGAUUAAAACUAAGCGGACACGAAACAAGGAAAACCGUACGAUUACUUGAAAAAGUUAAGCGUGGGUCUACCCACGUGGGCUAACCAAAAACCAAAAACGCGUUGGAAGAGUCAGCCACGCGAGUUCUCGCUUCCUCCGCGUGUGGCUUCAGUUUUCCUUCGCAUCUCGUUUCUUCAACCAACACGCGACUUGCUUCAUACUUUUCUACUGUUUGUUUCAACUUAGGUUGAGUCGUCACAGAGCAUGAUCCGUAUCGUUGGUUUAUCAGCAACACUUCCUAAUUACAUUGAUGUGGCCCACUUCUUGCGGGUCAACCCUUACGAGGGUCUGUUUUUCUUUGACGGACGCUUUCGUCCAGUCCCACUCGGGCAAACGUUUAUUGGGAUUAAAGCAACGGGCUAUGUUAAACAGCAACACGACAUGGACACAAUUUGCUACGAAAAAGUGCUGGAAAAUGUUGACAAAGGACACCAGGUGAGAUCUAAAGUGGUAUUUUUUCUUGGGCAGGAAUAGUGAUUUCGGCCAGAAUCCCUACACUUGUCACCAGCAUUUAAAGUGGCGAAAUUGCCUGCUUAAUAGAGCGCUCAGGGUAUUAAAUGCAUCAUGGUCUUCCUCCAAGGAUCACUGACAAUGACAAUGAUCUGAUUUCCAUGAAGAAAACAUAAUCGCUUCCGAUUUUCUCAAUUUGACUGCGAUCAAUUCAAACGGUCAUGGACGUCGGCAAUUUCGAGUUUUCAUUGAAAUCCAAAAUCUAAGACGGCGUGAUUGUUUUUUCUUUUUAUUUUCUUCUUGUAAUUACUCGUUACUGUGCAGUCUUGUUUUUGAAGCUCUCACCUCGCCGUCCUUAUUAACAGGUUAUGGUCUUCGUGCAUGCGCGGAAUGCUACCGUCAAGACAGCGCUGACAUUACGAGAGAUGGCAGCCAAUCAGGGAGAUUCUGCUUUGUUCCGUGCUCCACAAGGGCCUGAAUACGGACAAGCUGAAAAACAGGUUCGUUGUCUACUGGGUGGAGUUGGAUAGAGCACUUUUGAUCGGCCGUAUGCACUUAUUCAGGGCAGGUUUAAUUUUAUUUCUAAAGAAGUCACGUUAUGAAAGUUUGAAUCAUAUUUAUUUUACGCUUUGCAAAACUUCGUCAACUUGAAGGGGACCAAAAUAUUCUUUCAGAGUGAUGGAAAAAUUCAGUUCGUUUACGACUAUUAUCGCCUUUAUAAGUUCUCCCGCACUGAAAUACUCUUGGAUUAAUUCGCAGGUGAUGAAAUCGCGUAACAAGCAACUGCGGGAGCUGUUUCCAGACGGGUUUAGUAUCCAUCAUGCUGGAAUGUUGAGACAGGACCGCACUAUGGUGGAACAGCUGUUUGCUCGUGGUUUGAUUCGUGUUCUCGUUUGUACGGCUACCUUAGCCUGGGGAGUAAACCUACCAGCUCAUGCUGUAAUUAUUAAGGUUAGAACUUGUGUAAAGACUAACGUUACUUAGAGUACCGCCCACGUGUAUUGCAGCAUUACACGCGCUUGAUGCACGCACGGUUCCCAUUCAUUACACGUACGAGUGUAAUAAAAAAUGCAUGCAAGUGAGAGUAAGAGCAGGUGGCUAAUUGAUCGGUGUAGUAGAAAAACUCUUUUGACACGAUCUAAGGCCAUGUGUAGUUGAAAUUGAACUAACAUUUUCAGUCGAUUGAUUCUUAUGGUAAGUUCAUAAUAAUUUUGUGUUCUUUUUUGUAAUCACUCUCCACAGGGCACGCAAGUAUAUGACGCAAAAAAAGGCUCGUUUGUUGAUAUCGGCAUACUGGACGUGCUGCAGAUAUUUGGGCGGGCAGGUCGUCCGCAAUUUGAUAAUCAAGGCGAGGGAAUCAUCAUCACAGCACACGAUAAACUCAGUCAUUAUCUUUCACUUCUAACAAGACAGUCACCGAUUGAGAGUCAAUUCAUUUCGAGUCUGACUGAUAGUUUAAAUGCUGAGGUAAGAUAAUGAUGAAGGGUCAGUCAAAAGAACGUGUUUUGAAACAAAGCCAGGGGCGGGAAAACAAUGCUAAGCAUUGAGGGAAAGUUUAUCAGUUCGAAGCGCAGGAAACAUCUGCAAAGGGCGGGUAAAACAGUGUAGACAAACAAGUUUAAAGCGCGGGAAAGAUCCUACUAAUGAAAAGGGCGGAAAAUACAAUACAGAGCGCAAAAGAAAACCAGUGCAUGCAUAUUACCCUUGCAAAACUGUUAUUUGGUGGGUAGCGCGGGUACUUGGUCAACUUCAAGCGAGAUAGAACAUCUUACGUGUGUCUCUUUAUGUCUGAAUUGCUUGGAAAUGUUCUUCAUUAACCCUUUCACUUAAGAAUUCUCCUCAGUGUCAACCAUAUAAUUCUAAAUAUGUUAGUGUGGAAAAUCGGGUUUUAGAUCAUAUAAAAAUCCCCCAAUUGAUAUUUUUCUUUAUUCUCACCACUUGUCCUCGUUAUUGAAUUGAUAUUGUAAGGAGAUCGUGUGUUUCAGUCAGUCAUAGGGGUUAAAGAGUUAAGAGGGAAUGGGAAGAGAUAAUUUAUGCUCGUGCAUGAAACCAUUGACGUUUCCGACGGUAUUUUCUGAAGGCGAUGAUGGAUCUUAUUUUAAGAGAAGUAGUCUGAACUCAUUCCAUUACCACCUCGUUAUUGAAUUGCAAAUUUAAUUCCUGCCUGGCAGAUUGCUCUUGGUACAGUAGGCACCGUGGAUGAAGCUGUUGAAUGGCUGAGCUACACGUAUCUUUACAUUCGAAUGCGCAUCAAUCCACUGGUUUAUGGCAUCGCGUAUGGAACUAAAGAGGUUUGUCCGUUAAACUGUAUCUAUCGUCUUAGAAAACUUGUCUUUUGUAUUUAUUUUGAUAGAGAAGACUAAGGAAAACUUGGCGCUGAGAAACUGAUUAACCUUUUACACCUUCACAUCAGUCUGCCUCUUGUCCAUACUGUUAUCUAUACAUAUCCUAAGGUGUUGACAGGGAGAGUUUAUUCAACAAUCAAGAACCUCUUUAACUGGUGAUCAUUUCCUUUAUUCUCGUGACCUUAACGUUUGAUUCAAGGAUGAUACUGUAAGGAGAAAUUAGAUGCCAGUCAUUCGGCUCAGGGGUCAAAGGGUUAAGAAAAACUUUUGAUUAUAAAACUUUUAACGAAUGUUACUGUUUUUAUGUGCUUCUCAGGAUGACCCACUCCUGCACGAACAUCGCAGAGAGCUGAUUGUAAAUGCAGCGCGUCAUUUAGACAAAGCAAAGAUGAUAAGGUUUGAUCCGCGCACAAGAUAUCUAAACUCGACGGACCUUGGAAGAACUUCUAGUCAUUUCUACAUCAAGUACGACACAAUAGAGGUAAGAUGAUCAUGAUAGGCGCAGACACACAACGAGGAAACAUACAAAGAAGUAACGAUGAAAAAUCUCUUGCAAACCAAGAAAAAUUGACCGACUGAAUCGCAGUCGGGUAAAGACCUAUAGAAAACUGUGUGACUGACAGAUUAACAGACAGAUAGACUGACUUUUGGCUGUCUGUUUGUCUUUUUAGAUUACAGACGUUCUGAUAGACCAGUUGUUUGACUGCAUGUCUGUCUUGUUAGAUGACAGACGGACAUACAGUCUGGCUAGGAGAGAUUUCCCUAAUCACGUUAUAUUGCCUCAUGCCCCAGACCUACUCUUUCGUUUUUUGAUGUUUUUCAGGCCAUAUUAUCAAUGCACUCGUUUCAAUUCAGUGUGUAGCUCUCAUUCUCUGAGUGAAACAUGGUAGACAAUUCCUAUAACCAACUAAAUAUUUUCGUCUCAAGGACCGUAAUUUGAAGGAGUAAUCGUCAACCAGUUACAAUCUACAUCCAAACGACUUCAGAGUGACUGCCCCCUUUAGUAGUUUAGUUUCUUUUUCUUUCAGGUAUUCAAUGAGAUGUUCAAGGCGCACAUGCCUGAACCCGAUGUGCUUUCCAUGAUGUCUCACUCACAAGAAUUCGAACAAGUCAAGGUUAAUUUCAACUCUUCAAUUUUGAUGUUGAAUGCAGUUAGAAAAUGAAUUAGAAAUGAGAUAAGCUUUAAGAAUGGCAAUCCUUGCGGCUCUUACAAUUUGAUGUACUCUUUCUUUUUAUCCACAAGCCCCCAGAGUUAAAUCUUUUUUUAAAAUUAAUUUUACAUCGUUAAUUUUAGUUGUUGCUAUGGAAGGGUUUCCAUUGUUUUAAAAUUUCGGAAUAGAUUUUUCCUUCGGACGAAUCCGUACAAAAGCCGACUUCUCUCGGUAGGAGCGUUAAUUUAAUUGGUAACCCUUCUCUCAUCCGCCAGUUUGCGCGUUUUCACUUUCAUGCAUCCACUGACCAAAAAAAGAAAAUAAAUUCUGAUCACUGACUACAUGAAGACCUCGAUUUUUCCUGAGAACUCACCCAAAUAAACGUGACAUUCGAAGUGCUCUGCAUUUCAUAUGUUUUAUUUUUACACAAUCUAUCAUUUAGAUUUUUAUAAAUCAUAUAAAUUUAUUUAUUACAUUAUUAUUACAGGUCCGUGAGGAUGAGAUAUCAGAACUGGAAUUUCAUUUGACUGAGCACUGUCCAUUGCCUGUAAAGGGAGGAGUGGAAAAUAAUUACGGCAAGAUAAACAUCCUGUUGCAGACUUUUAUCUCCAAAGGAUUUGUUGAUACCUUCUCACUUGUCUCUGAUCUCGCUUAUGUCGCACAGGUAUGAAAGACACGCUUAUCCCUUUAUUGCUCCUUGUAAAAUUAUUUUAGCGUAGUCAGCAACAUCUGAGUAUUCGGAGAACACUCAACGUACGACGUAAUGGUGUGGAACGCAGAAAACAGAUUAAAAAAAGGUUAAAUAAAAACUGACGCAGAACGCUUAAAAACGCGAUCUCCAACUGAAAGAGUGGCCGAGAAAUGCGUAACAUUAACCUGAAACCUUUAGCCUCGAGUUUCCUUUUAUGGUUUACUUUUGCGUUUUUGACGUAUGCUGUGAAGGGAGUGCGCAGUGUUCCACAGUUAAAAAACAGGCAAACAAACUAAAUAAAACAAAACAAAUCUGAGUUCAGAACAACUGAAUGUGCAACGUAUUAGUUUCUUAGUGGAUCGAUAUAAUACUUUUAUAUCUAGUAUGGCCGUCGUCUUUCUCUUUUUGCUUUUUUUCAAACUCCUGGACCACUCGACACAGUGAAAAUCCAGUAUUCACUAAACUAAGUUUUAAGCUCUCCCCAGAUUUAAUGAGAAAACAACAUAGCUCUUAACACCGCGUAAUGAUCGUGUCAUGUCACAACGAUGUUCAAGCAGGAGGUCUUCAACUUGACAUAAAUUACCGUGUACAGAUUAAACUGAGCUUCAAGAAAAAGUCCAAUUCCCUUUGGGUUUAAAGUUCGUAUUUUUUUAAUCUUUCCAGAAUGCUGCGCGACUAAUGCGAGGUCUGUUUGAAAUCGCUCUUAACCGAGGAUGGCCUACCAUGGCUUACAGAUUGUUAGGCCUUUGCAAAAUGCUUGACAAACGGCAGUGGGUAUUUGAAAAUCCUUUGCGUCAGUUCACUAUUUUGAAACACGAAACACUGGUCAAACUGGAGGAGAGAAAGGCGACUGUUGAUCGACUCAGAGAUAUGACUGCUGAUGAAAUUGGUAAAUAAAGUUGGAUUUGUUCAUCACUUUUUUAACCCUUUAACUCCCACAUCAAAUUUAGUAUACUGUCGACCAUACAAUUCUUAUAAAGUUAGUUCAGAUAAUUUAGUUGAAAGGUUAAAUGAAUCGGUGCUUAAGUAUAGACUAGCAUUGAAGUUUACUUGAAUUCAAUAUUUGUUCGUUCCGCGAUCAGUUGCUUUAAGUUAAAGGGGGUACGUUUUAACAGGAACUGUGGUGCUGCGUCGGUGGUGGGUAUCACAAAAUGAUUUUGUUUCACCGACUCAGUUGAUAAUGUAAAUUAAUGUACCCUAAAGAGUUUUUAAAGCUGAUGUUUCAAGCAGAGCUAACGCUUGCGAUUCAUCAUUGGGACGCUGGUGACAAAACAAAUGAGAGUUUUCUUUAUACAUCAUUCUUGUAAAGGAAAAAAAAUUGAGUAGGUGAAUGAGGAAAACGCUUCCUUAUCAAUGAGUAUUCCGAUAAAAAAAGGCCUCUGAUCUGCGUCAAUUGUAACUGGAGAGUCUGUCAGUGCUCGACCUUAGCAGAAGUCCACUAGCCUAGGGCUAGUUAAAAAUUGGUCUGGGUUAGUAAAAAAUGGGUGUGGGCUGGUUAAAAAAGGGGUCAGGGCUGGUAAAAAAUGGGUGUGGGCUGGUUAAAAAUGGGUCAGGGCUGGUAAAAAAUGGGUGUGGGCUGGUUAAAAAAGGGGUCAGGGCUGGUAAAAAAUGGGUGUGGGCUGGUUAAAAAUGGGUCAGGGCUGGUAAAAAAUGGGUGUGGGUUGGUUAAAAAUGGAUCAGGGCUGGUAAAAAAUGGAUCAGGGCUGGUUAAAAAUGGAUCAGGGCUGGUAAAAAAUGGGUCAGGGCUGGUAAAAAAUGGGUGUGGGCUAGUUAAAAAUGGGUGUGGGCUAGUUAAAAAUGGAUCUGGGCUAGUUAAAAAUGAGUCUGGGCUAAUAACAAAUGGGUCUGGGCUUGUAAAAAAUGGGUCUGGGCUGGUAAAAUUUCCGAACAACUAGCCACCGGGUUAGUCGAGGUAGAACAGGUUUUGGAAAGACAAAUAAAGUAAUUUUAGCUUACCACGUGUAUGAAAACUGCAGGUCACAUGAUCAGACAUCCACGCAUGGGCAGUACCGUCAAGAGUUGUGUGGAACAAAUUCCUGCAAUAUCACUGGCCAGCAGCAUCCAGCCGAUCACGAGGACAGUUCUUCGGGUGCGCCUGACUAUCAAGCCGGAGUUUCGCUGGAAUGACAAAGUCCACGGCUCUACGUCAGAACCGUGGUGGAUCUGGGUCGAGGACCCGGACAAUAACCACAUUUACCACUCAGAGUACUUUCUACUGCACAAGAAACAGGUUUGCUCAAGUUUUCAAGAAAUUUUUGAGGUGCAGUCGUUCUCGAUAAAAAAUAGGAAAUUGGACCCAGCAGUGACACACCUACCAGGAUGGAGGAAGGAGAAGAGAGUCUCCCGCUCUCUCCUUUUGCGAAUGUUCUUUUCUAGUUUUUAAUACACGACCAGAUACAAGCCCAUCUAAGGCUUCAUAGUGAUUUUAGCUCCUUGCACAUUUGCACUUGUACUGAAUUUGGAAUUAUUUUAAAUUCUAAAAUGAUCAGAGAAACUUUGCAAGAACUGCAUCGCUUAAGGGGGGAAAUUCGAAAUUAAGAAAAUCUUAGCAGUCGAUUUGCUAGUUCCUAUAUUAAAAAUAAAAAUUUCGAAAUAUUCGAUGUUCAAAAAUCAUUUUUACCCGGCACAUGUUUUCUACCAGGUGUUAGCUAAUGAAGAACAAACCUUAGUGUUUACCAUUCCGAUCUUCGAGCCGCUACCUUCACAGUAUUUAGUGCGAGGAGUGUCAGAUCGCUGGCUUGGCUCUGAAGUGGUUUGUGCUCUGUCUUUCAAACAUCUCAUUUUACCAGAAAAGCACCCACCUCACACUGAACUAUUAGAUCUACAACCUCUGCCACUAACCGCCUUGAAAUGCAAAGAAUACGAGCUGCUGUAUCGGUGAGUAAGAUUGUGUUAUUAGUCCUCCUCACAAGGUGAAGAGGUGGACUGUAUAUCCAAUAGCAACGCACUCGAUUUGUCGAUUGACCAAUUCAGGGGCCAUCAAAACGUUUUACCGUGUUACGCGUCUGUUUACAGUUGUUUACUCCUAUUCACAAGACGAUAAUCUCAUGCAGUACUUACUGAGGGCUUAUCUCCUGUACCUCGAACGGAAAGCUUUGCUUUCCAACUUUGACCUUUGUCACGCAUAGGCCUGAUAGCAUCCCAUACCGGAUAGGUAUCUCUCUCCCUUUUCGCUUUCUGGUCUUGAACUGGGAUUAGCUCCGGCAGCUAUGAAUGUCAGUCUUGUAUCCAGGGCCAGGUUGAUCAAAACUGGGUUAAGGUAACCCAGGGUUAGUGUGAAAUUUGAUUUCAGAUCUGGAAGCUUUAAAAGAAAAUUUACGUUAAUCCCAUUUUUCUACAAUUUGAUAAUUGAAUGCUCUUAAAAGGAUUGGGGAAAUUGUUCCAAUAGGUCUUUUGAACAGAGAAAUGUAGAAACUUGGAUUAAAAUUUAACCCUCGGUUAGCGCUGAUCGGCCCUCAAACAACUUGGCCCAGACUUCUGUCAUUGGGUUUGCUUUGGUCUGUUUACAUUGUUUCCAUUUGUUUUAGGUUUACUCACUUCAAUCCAGUCCAAACACAAGUAUUUCACACAGUAUACCACACGGAUCAUAAUGUACUACUUGGAGCACCCACCGGGUCCGGCAAGACGCUGGCUGCUGAACUCGCCAUAUUUCGAAUCUUUAAUGUGCAUCCUGGAACUAAGGUAUGUAUCAAGGUGACUAAGUCUCAUACGUACUCCCGAAAAGAAUUCCUCUGUUCUGCUAACUCUGCUAAUUCUGCCCAAAGAGACCCUAGAUUCUGAUCUAACGUCAUCUUACCUUACCCGGCAUUUCUGAACGUUCCAUGUGUGAUAAAAGCAACAACUUUUUUUUUACCAUUUGGCCCGCUCUUCAGAAGAUGUCGUGUCUUGCCAAAGACAAAACUUCUCCCAAAAAUAAUUGAAUAAUAAAUAUGGAAAGUUGUAUGUGGACAAAACAUCUCAGUUGUCGGUUCCUUAGAGGAAAAGUGUAAAAAGACACGUUUAUAGAACGCUUGUGAGUCUUACCUCUCAGUUCCACCAAGGCAGUUUGACCACAGGUACUACUUAUCGGCCCAAACUCUUACACAUAAUCCAUGGGCAUAUUCAUGUAACUAGUAAUUUAUGUCUAGCUUUAUUUCCUCUAUCUGUUGAAGUAACCAUAUGGUUCAUUGCGAGGGAAUCAAUCCUUUUAUCGGAGUUUGAACUCAGUGUCUAUGCUCCCAUGUACAACAUACGUCCUAUAUUUUUGCUGACGCGUUUUUUGUCAAAUUUACUUGUCGUAGGCUGUUUAUAUUGCUCCCUUGAAAGCUCUGGUCCGAGAGAGAAUGGAGGAUUGGAAAAUACGUUUUCAGGAAAAACUUGGUAGAAGGUAAAAUUUGUCAUGCGUAUUACGCAUGAAAUUUUUAGGUGCCUAGUCAAACUGUGUCAAUUAUUAUCAGGCGUCGCAGUGAACUGUCUUUGGAGAAAUUAAUGUUUUCAAUUAAGCGUUGAAAAUAAUACGAGAUUGCCUUGGUAUUUGCUUUACUUCGCUCUGUGAUUGGUCCAGAAAACUCGCACCACUUUAUAAACUUAUCAGAUUUAGGACUUACACCAAUCGCGACUUAGUCACUCGCGGUUUUUUGGCGCUUUAAGCAGGUUGCUCGUUUCAAUUUUAGCUCUCUUUGGCUCCUUGUGAAUUUGUUAUUUCUUUGAUUGGCCCUUGUGAUUGCUUUGGUUUGGUUCUACAACAUUCAAUCGAAAUGCGCUCUCCUUUGAGAGUCAAGGUUGGUGAAACAACGGACUUGAAAAAUUUAAGCCAAAUUUUUGGAGAUGCACAUUCCCUGACUUGAUCACGUUGACAUUCACAGUGUCGUAGAGUUAACUGGUGACGUGACUCCGGACAUGCGCGCUAUCGCCAAAGCUGACGUCAUUGUCACCACCCCAGAAAAGUGGGAUGGCAUCAGCCGAAGCUGGCAGACUCGUAACUACGUGCAGGCGGUGUCUUUGUUGGUAAUUGAUGAGAUCCAUCUGUUGGGUGAGGAGAGAGGUCCUGUCUUGGAGGUUAUCGUGUCGCGGACGAAUUUUAUCUCCUCGCACACAGAGAAGACUGUUCGAGUGGUUGGUCUGUCGACUGCUCUAGCCAAUGCUUCGGAUCUUGCUUACUGGUUGGGAAUAGAACAGGUACAAUAAGAUUACCUUGUGCCUUCUAUGGAAAGUAAAAGCCGUACUUUUCAACUAAAUAGCUUUUUGUACGGAAACUUGGACAUCAUCUUUCUGAGAUUUAUGUUUAACUUUUGUAUAAGUUUAACAGCCUUUGUCAGUUAAUAAGUUUUUUUUCUCAUGUUUCGAUUUUUCCAUGUAUGGUUGAACCACAAUUAAACCAUAUUUUAAGAAGGUUUUGUUCAGCUCAAAGGUUUUUGCAAAGAUUAGAUUGAAAAAAAUCCACCCUUUUCUUGUUAUUGCUUUUACAAAAAAUCGACAGAAGCACUCCAUAGGAAAAUCCUUUCGCCAUUGUCUUGAUCUCCCAACGUAACCGACAAGGAGACACUGCCGUGGAACCUCUAUUUAGGUUUUUACCUUCCCUGAUGCCAUGGCUGUUCCCAAACGGCACUCCCGCUGUGAAAGAGACUAGAAGAAAAAACUGUUACUUACUUUAGUGUCCUUUUCUUUUCCAGGCCGGUAUGUUCAACUUCCGGCCGUCAGUGCGCCCAGUCCCUCUGGAGGUGCACAUAUCAGGGUAUCCCGGCAAACACUACUGUCCGCGCAUGGCAACUAUGAACAAGCCCACCUUUAACGCUAUUAAAACACAUUCCCCCACCAAACCCGUGCUGGUGUUUGUUUCGUCAAGACGACAGACCCGCCUCACGGCUUUGGAGCUGAUUUCUUUCUUAGCCGCCGAAGACAAUCCCAAACAGUGGAUGCACAUGCCGGAAGCUGAGGUAAGAGCUAAAAAACAAUUUAACAAAACAAAAAAAUAGUUGAUUGUGUGAAUCAAAUUUGUAUAUGACAGUCCUAAGUCUGCUUUAGGUAAGGCGGGACCCAUUUGAUAAGUGGUACUCCUGUUUUUAGCGGCGCAAAACUGAAAAUUGUCUUAUUUACGGAGGCUAACCCUCACGCGAGCGAGCGUGUUGUUAGACUACUUUGUAUUCUGACUAAGUAAAUAUAUGCACAUGAUUCGUCGCUUUCCUGUAGUUGUGUUUAUCGAUCAUGAAUCCAUGCUUCUUCAGUUGUCUAUCAACAAUCAGCAACGAAGCAUAAUGCUUCAUAAAAUGAUUCAUCUUGACCAGUCCAUCCAUCGUCUUAAAGUGGCUCAUAGUAGCAGUACAUAUACACAAACGAUCGUGAUACUUCAUGAUCAAACUUAGAUGUGACUAUAUCAUGUGAUGAACAAAUUUUACUUUUGUGAUACUUUACCGCGAUGAAACAUCGCAACUUUUUAUGAGAUAAACAUUCUUUUUUUUUAGAUGGACUCGUUGAUCCAAACAGUGAAGGACAACAACCUCAAACUGACUUUGUCGUUUGGUAUUGCACUGCAUCACGCGGGUUUACACGAGAGGGACAGGAAGAUAGCAGAAGAGCUGUUUGUGAAUCAAAAGAUUCAGGUGAGUGAAAGGAUAGACUACGGUGAAAGACUGUUUAUCCUAAUUGCUAGAGCAUCCAACUGUUGUGCGGGACUCCGAGGGUACAAGCCUCAAACCUCACAAACAAUCUGGGUCUUCAAACAGCUGAGGAGGAUGUGUUGCCUUAACGUAAGGAAACAAGGAAAAUUUUUUAGUGCAUAUGCGGCUUGAUACGAUUAGCAUGUCAAUUGCUUUUGUUGUAAUACUAGCACACAGUUGAAAAGUUCUAUUUUCAUCCUCCAGAUUUUGAUAGCGACUAGCACGUUAGCCUGGGGUGUCAACUUCCCGGCCCAUUUAGUGGUUGUGAAAGGUACUGAGUAUUAUGAUGGUAAGACUCGGAGGUAUGUGGAUUUUCCCAUCACAGACGUGCUGCAGAUGAUGGGGCGCGCAGGGAGACCACAGUACGACGAGAAUGGGGUGGCUGUGAUCCUUGUUCACGACAUCAAGAAACACUUUUAUAAAAAGUUUCUGUACGAGCCAUUUCCUGUCGAGUCAAGGUAUGAACGCAAUCGAGCAAAAUAACAGAUAGAUAGGUGUUAAAAGGUUGAUGCCGAUCUUAAAAUUAGAAUUUAAAGGUUUAAAUUUGCGAAAGUGAUUUUUUUGUUGUUGAAGAUUAAAACGCUUGUUCAGGUUACCGAGAUAUACGACUAGAUAGCGUUAUUUAAAAGGGAAAUUGGAGAUGAAUCGCCCAAAUGAUUUACACUCACCAUGGCGAGAAUUGUUUCUUACUACUGGGAUAUGGUGAUAAUAGUAAGGAACUAGGGUGCAGCUCAGAUUUUGUAAAGCGGAGGAGGUGGUGACUACGUCACACCCAAGUUACCAACGCUGCUGUCAUGUUGACUUUCUCGCUGGGUUUUUUAUUUAAAUUGAAAUUUUUUUAUGCUUAGAUUUAUCGAUUUCACGCUUACUUCGCCACCUGAGAUAAAGAAAAGCAACUUACUCAUAGGGAGAGGGAGUGGCCUUAAUGGACACCUUAGGACUCUUUUCUUUUCUCUCCCCCAGCUACGCCUUGGGUACAUUUUUUCAAGCAGUUGUAUUAAACGUAACAUCCACUGUUGUUUCCUAGUGCGUAUGAUUAUGUUAUAGAGCUUCUAUGUUUUCAUUUCUUUCUUAGUUUGUUAGAAGUACUUCCAGAUCACUUGAAUGCUGAAAUUGUGGCGGGCACAAUCACUUCUAAACAGGACGCCAUGGAUUACCUCACUUGGACGUACUUCUUUCGACGUUUGCUGAUAAACCCAAGUUACUAUGAUCUGGAAGACAUUGACAACGACUCGGUCAAUAAAUUCCUCUCUGCUUUGGUAGAAGGUGCUGUGAGAGAAGUUGAGAAUUCUGCGUGCGUGGAGAUUGGCGAGGUAAACUUGUUGUUCUGUCGUGUGAGCGAUGAGCAGAUAAAACUGAAACUAUGCCAAUUGACUGAUCCAGUGUUGAUUCAUCGGUUUUGCUUUACUUCGCUCAGUAACGUGCAUGUGAAAUUCUAGUCACUUUUUAACAAAUUAAACGAAUAACUGAAUCUAACAGCGACUUAGCUACCCUUACUUUCCCAUGCUUUCCCAUGUUUCUGAUUGACUUUGGUGUUGUUUUCAAUACUCUAAAUCGCUCCAAUAGAACAGAAGGAUCUCUUUGUCAUGGUUUGCUAGGUAGGCGAAGUUGGACUGCAGGUGCUUCGAAUAGACCGCAGGUCACCCAAUCUCGUCUCCUGGAUGAGGUUCAUUUAUUAUUCACUUUCACAAUGUUUAUCCCUAAACUUAUCUUUCGCUUCAUAAGUAUGUAGAUUUAAUGACACGUUUUUCUGGCUGUAGGACGGUUUGGCGAUAACCCCAACGAACCUUGGGAGGAUUUCUUCCUACUACUAUCUAAGCCACUUGACACUGCGCAUGUUCCAUGAACGGUUGGACGCUGACUGCAGUCUCCCGGACCUCAUCGAGAUUUUAGCGGUAAGAAUUUUUCUUCAUUUGGUCAACUUAUUGAAGCGCUUUUUUGCGAUGUACCGAUGAGCAAAUAAAAGUGACUCAUAAACUGGCUUGAUGUACACGGAGGUCUUUGUGAUAACGUCGUUAAACGUCAUUUGAUUGUUUAACCCUUUAACUCCCAUGAGUGGCUAAGAAAGAAUUUCUCCUUACAAUAUCUAUACAACAUUAACCAGAUAAGCGAUGAGAGUGAAGAAAAAUAUCAAUUUGGAGAUAAUUAGUUGAUCCCAUACUAAAUUCUCUGAAGUAACAUUAUAAGAAUUGUGCGGUUGACUGUAAGGAGAAUCACAAAUUUGAUCUGGGAGUUAAAGGGUUAACAAACGAAAAUUUUCAAAAUUGAUCUUUUAGUUAGAAACAUUUUUUACGUCAUAUCUUUGCAAGCAAAGACAAUUCGUCGUGAAAAAACAGGUAUUCUCCGAGAAGUCAAAAUGUUUUCUUUUCUCCCUUGAGAUGGAAAAUGUUUACUGAUCAUUAAUAUACUGUAUCUUUCUUUGGAAUUUAUUUUGUGCUCAAAAAGAUUAAUCUGAACAGUUACAACUCUAUUGCAUUUUAAUGGAUAUCCACCAAAUUUUCGCAGGAUGCCGAAGAAUACACUCAGCUUCCAGUUCGUCACAAUGAAGACCUCAUUAACAGGUGAAUAUGAGAAAAUGGACCAGGAAGUAAAUUUAUUAUUUUACUGAGUCAUUUCUCAACUCGUGCCCUCACAGUAGAUUAAUGCUUUGUAAACUUAAUUGUGGUGUCUGCGGAUGAAAACCGUUUGCGAGACCUUUCAAAUAAAAAGAGAAUGCUUGUUGUGCUGUCCUUCAAUGAGAUGUUAUACUUUAUAGUUUGAGAGUUGUUCUAGACGUUGGUCUGUUUAUGUUCCCUUAUUCCUCAGAGAUUCAUAGCUGAAGUAUAACCAGUUCAGGAACUGUUCCUUAUGUUUUUUUUUUGUUGCGCUAUGCAACUGAGAUGACUUUUAUUAAUUCAUGAAGGCGGAGAAGUUUAUAUUAGUAAUAUAAAAUCUAAAUAACCUAUGUACAUCUUGUAUUUCAGCGACCUAGCUCCUAGUCUCCCCUUGGAAGUGGACCCUCACACUUUCGACAGUCCUCACACCAAGGCACAUCUGCUCUUUCAAGCGCAUUUCACUCGCCUACCGCUGCCCAGUACCGAUUACUUAACAGACACGAAUUCAGUCCUCGAUCAGGCUAUACGAAUCUUGCAAGUAAGUUCAACAAAGUGUGAAACGACCAAGAAGUGUCAACAGACCACACCAACUGGCUAUAUGGGAUAAUGGGAGUAUGUAUGAAUGCUUUUGGCCUUUCCAAGGUUACGCGGAAGAUUUAGGUCGAGUUACGUGUCGCAACUCUUAUCCGGAUUACUUUCUUUCAGGCAAUGAUCGACGUAUCUUCCGCCGAGGGUUGGUUGGCAACAGCUCUUCGAUGCAUGCACCUUGUACAGAUGGUAGUUCAAGGGCGAUGGCUUCAUGAUUGUACCCUUCUCACUUUACCGUGUGUUGACCCAGAUCUGUUGUCGCUUUUCCGAAUUAACGGCCGUUCAUUAGAAUGCCUCCCGGAGCUGUUAGACGCUGUCAGAGGCGACCGGAAAAUCCUGAAUAGAAUGUUGGGAGAUGCUCUGAGUCCGGGAGAAAUAACUGAGGUAGAGAAAUAACUGAGGUAGAGAAAUAACUGAGGUAGAGAAAUAUUUAUCAAUGUCCUUGCGCGCAUCGUUCUCAGGUUAUACCUUAGAGAAAGCUCGUCUUCAAUCUUCGAAGUUGAUGAGAUUGUUAGAGGCGGGAAUGGUACGUUACUGGUUGUAGGACAUCCUCUCUCGUUGUGAUUUCCAGAUUUUCCCCGCGGUCUCUGUAGCAUUAGCAACUACGAACAUUAGUUCUCAUCAUGGGGGAUUUGUACAUCUAUCCUUUAUAGCCAGUAGGCAUUUCUGUUAAGAAAAUUUCAAUGAUAAGCACGGCCAGGGCCUAGCCUAGGCCACCGUUUAUGUAACUACAGCCUGACCAGCAUAAGACUGACGCCUAUUUACGAGCACAUUAGUAGUGUCCCCCCCUGUGCUCCUUCUUUUCUACCGUUAACGAAUGGGCUUCAUUACGUUCUCUUUAUUAUUGAUCCCUUUGUAGGUUUUUGAAACGUUGGGUCGUCUACCUCAAGUCAGUGUUAAGAUUAAAGUGCGUGGAGUCUGGGCUGAGAACGAGCAGGGCACCAAGGAAAGUAAAACCAUCAAUACCACACCGAGCGAAAGUUUAGCGAAAGACUGGGUUCCAGUGCAUGCAGAGCAGGAGUACGUGUUAAUACUUGAAAUUUCCAGGGAGGUCUGCGGUUUUAGGGUAAGGAAACAGAUACACUUUAAUUGAAUGUUCACAGUUCUUUCCCUUUUCUGCAAACGAUUCUGUUACGUUAUUUAAAGAAAUACGAGGCGGUGGAUUCUUUAUCGUGCCAUCUAAGUCAAGGCUACAUAAUCUCAAAACUUGUCUUUAAAAAAGUUAAUAAUUUCAAAAUGGCAAGAAAAGACGAUUCGCAUAACAAAAAAGAAAGACAAUUCUGGAAAUCUAAAGACCGGGUGCGUUAAUCUGCGGUAUAUAUUUUUUCUAACUGUUCAGAGAGUUUGGUGUAAGGUCGAGGUAACACUCUGCAGUUAACAAGUUUGUCUCAGCAUUGGCUCGUAGCUCAUUUCCAGGUGUUGUCUGACUUUGUGAGGAGAUUUCUUUUGUAAGUUGAAUGUAUAAGGGUGAUUUAUGCGGUACGACUCUUGCCAGCGAUCCUUGUCAGCAAUUUCUUUCUUCAAGAAAACAAAAUAAAUCCCUGAAUAUUUAAAACUGCCAUAAAUCGUUGACUCUAAACAAUUCGCUUUUUUUUGUUCAGCGAUCCAACACAAAGGCGCACGCUCCACAUUUUCCGAAACCCAAAGAUGUCGGUUGGUGGGUGGUUCUCGGCGAGAUGGACUCGGGCGAGUUGUUGGCCGUGAAAAGAGUGAGUCAGGUGCGCUCGUCAAGCACCGUAUCCUUAUCAUUCUACACGCCUGAGGACCUGGGAAGGAGAAUCUAUACUGUGUAUCUCAUCAAUGAUGCUUACUUGGGAAUGGACCAGCAGUAUGAUGUUUCUCUAGAGAUUAUUCAAUCAGAUAUUUCAAGUCAAGUGAACACUGAAGUUAACUUAAGUAACUAGUUUAUCGCAGUAUAAUUUUGUCUAGCACAUAAUUUUUUUCCGGCAUGUAUGAGGAAAUAUGAGUGAAAUUUACCAACUACGAUGAUGAGAAAGAUCAGUUGUGGAAAUCCACACUGGAGCGAAUGGCCCCUUUCCUUGAAACGUAAGUGAAGUUAAAAUCUAUUCCCCAAAACGGUAAAAGUAAAGUAAAAUUUCAAGUCAAUGCAACGCAAAUUAAUUUCAGGAGGGGAUAGACUGUCUUAGAUUGCAGUUAGUUUUAACACUUUUGUUUGACUUGUGGUAAAUGUUACGAGUAGACUUGUGUAUUGAAAUACUUAAGUCUGAGGUAAUUUCAAGGACCAUUAUGAACAAAGGAAAAUAUCGCAAGGAGUUCAUGAGAUAUGCGAGGGGUCUAGCAAGCUGUUAAAGCUAAACUUCAAUUUCCGGUACGUCCUGUUGUGUGCGCACACAGUCUUUGUGGAAACGCUUGCUUUAUUUUUGCGGAGUAUUUUGAUUGUGUAAAGCUUUGAUUACCUUUCUCUUGUACGUAUAGGAUUCCCACUUCUUAACGAAAGCGUACGUGCUGUAUUGUUUUCAAAAAAUCUAUUCAGUAUUCUGCGCUAAGCGAUUUGGUGUUUGUUUGCGUCAGAUUACCGAUGUUGCAGAAUUCCUGGAACUAAAAUUUAUAAUUGUCUCAAUAUUUCAAUUACCAAGAAAGUGCAGUAAAAAUAUUAGGUAACACCAAAUAAUGAUCAAUCAAAUUUAUAGAGGAUACACAAAAACAUGUGAAAGAUUUUAUGACACCCAUACAAGAAAAAUCAAUAAAGCCAG